GUGCGCUUUUUCAGUUUGUUGUUAUUUUGACAGCCAUGCAGUUUACGACACUGCACAACGUGGACACCGAAUAUUCGGCAGAUUCAGUGGAAUGGUGCUCACAGGACGAAACACAUCAGAAAUACUUUGCUUGCGGCACCUAUCAGCUAGUGGAGGCCGAGCAGAACAGCACAGCUGCAGUUGAAGCUGAGUGCCAACGGCCACGCAAGGGUCGUAUCUAUUUGUUUGCCUUUGACAGACAGAAUGACGCACUGGAGCGGCUGCAGUGCCUCGAAACGGCGGCCAUAUUGGACAUGAAGUGGCUGCCAGCUUGGAGCUGUGACACUGGUCCGCUGCUGGCCACAGUGAAUGCCCUGGGUGAGGUGGAGAUCUAUGAGCUGUUGCACGCAGAGCAGCGAGUACAGCAGCGGGCCAAGCUGGUCCUCGAAGAAACGACGCUUAAUACGCCAAAGGCACUGGCACUCUCCCUCGAUUGGCAACGUGCUGAUGCAGAUGCUGAUGGUGUUGGUGCCUUGCAGCUGCUAGUCUCUGACUCGCUGGGCAAUGUCCAUCAGCUGCAGUAUACGGCAAAGGAUGAAUUGAGCAAGGUCUGCUCCUGGCAGGCACACGGCUUUGAAGCGUGGACAUGCGCCUUUGACCGCUGGAAUCCGCAGCGUGUUUACAGCGGCGGCGACGACUGCUUGCUGCAUGCCUACGACUUGCGCAGCGGCACCGAGGCACAGCCGCAGCGCAUCUGGACAAAUAGAGCGCAUGGCGCAGGCGUCACCUGUCUGCUCAGCCAUCCACAAAAUGCACAUCAGCUGCUCACCGGCAGCUACGAUGAGCUGUUGCGUGUUUUCGAUACGCGGGCAAUGAAAUGCAGCCUAGCCGAACUGAAUCUAAAUGGUGGCAUUUGGCGGCUCAAGCCUCAUCCACAGCGGUCCGAUCUAAUACUGACUGCAUGCAUGUACACAAACUUUAGUGUCGUGCAGUUGAAGGAAGGGGCGCUAAGCCUCCUGGGCAGCUAUGAGGAACAUUCGAGCAUUUGUUAUGGUGCCGACUGGGCGCCAAAUAUCGAUAAGUUUGAAUUACCGGAUGACUACACUCACAGCCUGCAUAUGGCCACCUGCUCCUUUUACGACCAUAAACUGUGUGUAAGCAAAGUCGACAUUAAAUUUGCUACGUAAUUAUAUUAUUUAUGAAUGCAUUUAAAA